AUGGCGAGCCUGGGGCUGAGACCGGCCAAGGGGUACCGGGUGGUGCUGCUGGGCAGCGUGGCGGUGGGCAAGACGGCGCUCGCCACGCAGUUCGCCUGCGGCAGCUUCCCCGAGCAGUGCGAGCCAUCGGUGGAGGAGCUCUUCAGCAAGGUGAUCGAGGUGAACGCGGCGCCCGCCCUCCUGGAGAUCGUGGACACGGUGGGCGCCGAUCACCUGGUCACCCUCAAGGACCUGUACAUCAAGAACAGCGACGGCUUCGUGGUGCUCUACAGCGUGUGCAGCGAGGCCUCGUUCGAGGCGGUGCGGCCGCUGCGCGAGCGCAUGGGCCGGCUGCGGGGGCCCAAGGCCGUGCGGCUGGUGCUCGUAGGCACCAAGGCCGACCUGGACGCCCAGCGCCAGGUGCUGACGUCUCAGGGCCGCGCGCUGGCCCGCGAGUGGCGGUGCCCGUUCCUGGAGGUCACGGCCAAGAGCAAACUGAUGGUGGACCAGGUGUUCACGCAGGUGGUGCGCGAGAUGGAGGCCCUGGCCCCGCCCGAGGAAGUGGUUCCCGCGGUCCCCACCAACGCGCAGGAGACGUGGCCGUCCGAAAGAUUCAUCGGCUGACGCGCGGCGGUUCCUCUUGCCUGUAUUCGUCGCUUUUCGUGAUUUCUGAAGCUCCCUUUGCUCCUCUGCGUUUUUAAAGAAAGUUAUU